AUGAGUGAUGAUGAAUCAUGUUCCGAUUGCUACUUGGAGAGUAUUGAGAAAAAUUGGAACCAAAUAUUGUUAAAUUGGGUUACCAAAUGCAUUUUAUAUACAGACGUACAAGAAUUAAGCUCCAACGUAUUUAUGAGCAUUAUUGACAAAUACAGAUACGAUAUAAGCAUUGAUGAAUUGGAUAAACUCCCGUUACAUUCGGAUGAUAUUGAUUUUUUUAUAAAAAACAAAUUUCCUAUAUUGAGACUGUGGACUCUUUUUAAAGAAAAUUAUUAUGAAAGAAAGUCAUACAUACUGACUUCAUUGCUUUUAUACUAUUUCUGUAUAAAUUCACAACACGGUAAAGUCGAUGCUGAUAUUUGCGAAAAUCUUUCAAAGGAGGAACAAGCGAUAAUAUUAAAUUUUUGCGAAAAUUUAUCGGAAAUGGAAGUCACUGUUAAUAAUAUUGAAAGAAUAUCUGUAGGUGCAUAUAAAACAUCCACCAAAGAAGAGAAGGCUGGUAAAUGGAUACAAGAAGCAAAUGAAAAUGAAUCAGAGCUCGACGAUUCUAGUAGUGUAUCAUUGUAUGAUCGAAAGAAAGCUCAGAUACUAAAAUUUAAAUCUUCAAUAACUGUCCUGCCAUCAGUAGUCAAUGAUGCGUCUUUGUCGAAAUCUUCAUUAGAAAGAUUCACAGAUGAGUCUGAUUUUAAAGUUGGAUAUUUGGGAACUCAGUUGGAUAGAGAAAAUAUUGUUUCAACGGCUGAAAGAAAUACAACAGAGGAGCAAGGUUCAGAUCACCAGUUCUGUCAGUCGAACUGCUCUUGUACUAAAUGCACUCCUGUUGGCCAAUGCUGUGGUGACCCAGGUAGCACUAAGGAAUUCUGCGACAAUAUUCCAAAGACUUCAACGUUAAACUAUCGAGAGAAUUUAGGCUGGACGUGGAUUUGUCAGAAUAACUUCUGCCAAAGAGUAUUUAAUUCAGCUUCCAAUGUAUCUACGUACUCUUCUAUAAGUCGCUGUACAUUAUUAUGCUCUGGUUUACCGCUGUGGCCGUACCCGAUUGGCUAUAUAUAUUACAAUAAAACUAUCAUCAAUAUAUCGACAAAGAAACUUGAAUAUAAAUUUAAAUCUGUACCAUCCACGGCAGUUCAAGAAUACUUAUCUGAUGGUUUUAAUUUAUUCUUAAAAUAUCUGAUUAGGCUUGAAAAAAGUAAAUCUAGAAAUGUUAAUGUUGAUUCUAAAGUUAAAAAAAUUAAUAUACAAAUCGAUAUUGAAAGUGAUCCCGACCCAAGAUUACGUUUAAACACCGACGAAACGUAUUCGCUAAAGGUUGAAACAAUUGAAGAUCAUGUUUUUAUUAAAAUCAGUUCCGAAUCCUUUUGUGGCGCACGUCAUGGACUUGAAACAUUGAGUCAGCUGAUUAUGUUAGAUCAAAGUACAGGUCAAUUGAUAACUCUCUCAAAUAUCAGUAUAAAAGAUGGCCCUACAUUUAAGUACAGAGGCGUCAUGGUAGAUACUGCAAGAAAUUUUAUUCCAACAAUCGAUUUAAUGAGAACCAUUGAUGCAAUGGCGAGUUGUAAAUUAAAUACUUUUCAUUGGCGAAUAUCGGACGUUACCAGUUUUCCUUUAUAUUUAGAAAAAGUUCCCGAGUUAAAUAAUUAUGGACCUUACGAUAAAUCAAUGGUUUAUACAAGAGACGAUGUAAAAUUUUUGGUGAAAAGAGCUGGCGUACGAGGUAUUCGUAUUUUAAUAGAAGUUGCUGCACCAGGUCCAGUUGGAAGGCCUUGGUCUUGGUUACCUGAAACAACUUGUGCAAGAAGAAAUAGUAAUUUAACGUGCGAUAAUAUUCUCUGCUUACGAUUGUCUAUGCAAGAGUCAGUUUUUAAUAUACUCCAAACGAUUUAUUCGGAAAUUAUUAAACUGACACACGUAGAUGAUGUGUUUCAUUUGAGCGAUAGUCUGUUUUCAUUUACCAAUUGCUACAACUUAAUGGAUGACAGAGAAGGUUUUUUGGAUAAAGCGCUAAUCCAUCUAAAGAUGGCAAAUAAAGGUUUUCUUCCAAGGUUACCUAUAAUAUGGUACACCGCUCAUUUAAACAGAGACUACGAAGCUAAGACCUGGAAUAGACUCGGCGUCCAAUUGAGUAAUUGGGAUCCAAAUUCAUCCAAAGAUAAUUUAAAUAAAUUUAGGGUUAUACAUUCAUCUAAAUGGGAUUUAUCUUGUGAAAUGAUAAAGCAAAGAUGCUUUAAGUACAGGUCUUGGCAACAAAUGUACGCAUGGACAUCUUGGCGUAAUAUAGAUGCAUUUACUGUUGAGGGUGGCGAAUCUAUUUUAUGGACCGAUUUAGUUGAUGCUAGUAGCUUAGAUUAUCAUUUAUGGCCGCGAGCAGCAGCAGUUGCAGAACGUUUGUGGUCAGACGUUAUCGCCAAUUCAAGUGCCAACAAAUUUGUAUAUUUGCGUUUAGAUUUGCAAAGGUCACGAAUGCUACUCCACGGUAUAAAGACUCAACCAAUUUGGCCAUCCUGGUGCAGUAACAACCCGAACACUUGCCUUAAAAAAGUUCAUUAAGUAUU